AUGGCAGGAUUGCCGGUGCCGUGCGAUUGGUCACCGGAUCUCCUUCUAUCCCUCUCUAGAGGACACCGCGUUAGCCGUCGAUGGAUCCAAGUGCCAAAGGACCAACAGAAGCUGCUCGAGCGGUCUGACGCUUGGGAUGUUCGUGGAACCCCCAAGGUCCCAGCGCAAGUUCUCGAGGAACUAAGAAGAAGCCAUGCUAAAGAAAUAAAGGAGUAUGAAAUUCAAAACAAUGAACUGGUUCCAGAACAGGAGGGAAGCCCCUCCCGUCUUGCACCUUCUGCAGUAGAGGGCUUUCAGUCGCAGCCAUCUACUCCUGGAUACGAAUUUGCUACUCAGAUUGAUGCAGCCGCCCCAGAUGGCCAGCUAGGAGCACAUGAUGCAGACGAUGAUUCCGAAGACGAACCUUCAGAUCAGCCAUUGAGGUCUUGUAUGACCUUAUCAUCUGAACAUCUCCACCCUCAAUCACGCUUCAAGGGCCAAGAUUUGGACCCCGACGCACCUUCGCCAAGCGAGAGCUUACCAGAGGCCCCCGUGGCCAGGCCACUUUCUAAUAUCAUCUCUCAGGUUCCACUUCCUAGCAAUAUUCCUCACAGUAGCUUGGCUUCUGAAGCAAGUCUGGACAUAGAGGUCCCAAAAGCUGCCACAGAUACUCUGGAGCCAGUUAACUUGGAAGCAACCAGUGUUCAUGCGGCCGAUCCCACACCUGCCCCUCUUCCUAUGUCUGCCACCGGUCGACCACAGUUCACUUCUACUCCCCCUUCAGCCCAGAUCAUCCCGUCUACAAUUCCAACCGAGCCUACUCAGACGAAACGGAACCGACUUAUGAAGCCCCCUGCUGCCCUCUUUAACAGCCGAGACGACCGCUCCAAUUCAAGGGAUAUUUCUAGGUUGGGACCUGGCCAAGAAUUGUCUGGGAUAGCCCGAUCUCCUAAUCCAGAGCUUACCUCGUCAGCUCUGCCGACAAGCCCAUCACGCAGGGCAAUGCAUAUGCAACCAUCUGCGGCCUUCGCUCCAGGGCGAAAACGUGCGCCCAUAGCGGCAGAAAUCAUUCCACAAGAGAGUUCCAGAACCGGCGAUUUGCCUGUCGUGAGGCCUGAAGCAUCCCCAAAAUCAUCCGAUGAUUCGAACAAGCCUUCACCAAAUAAACCACCUUCUCAAGCGCCAUAUACGGCCUUUAAAGUUGCAUAUCCAGAUUUUCGAGGGACGGAAACUGAUUUCGUCCGAGCGAUCAUCAUAAUCUCAAAACUUCAGCGCUCAAAGGAACUCCCAGAGUUCCUGUAUGACGAUUUUGUCCGCGUCUUUUGCAGCGACUACCUGGACUACAUCAGCGCCGUGGAUGGCAAGGAGACGCCUCUCCCAACCAUUAAAUGGUACAAUGAAAACGUUUCAGAGCCACGCUAUACUAAGAAGAUCCUGAACAAACAAAACAUCCAUGAAGUGAAAGAAGAGUACCCAAAUCAACGGAGCGCCCAAGCAACUCCCAACCGUCGGUGCCUCUAG